CUUCCUUCUACUUCCAAUUCCCUCGCCAGCCAGAGAGCUAUCUCGCUCAUCCUUAUCGCUGAUUCGCUGUUACAGAAAACCCUCCUCACUCCGCCGUUUGCUCUCCUCUUCUCUCCCCUUCCCGUCGCAGGCUUCUCUCCUCCUCGCCUUCAUCCGACCCCUCUGAAAACCCUAGCCGCCGCAAGCCUCACUCUUCCUCUCCGCAGCCGUGGUCUCCUCCUCUUCCAACCAACCGCAGUCGCCUCCGUAAGUCCCUCGAUUUUGCUGAACUGAUGAUUGAUGAGGAAUGAAGUGAUCUGGAGUUAAUUAUGCUUUCCCGACAAAUUGAGAAGAGCAGGUUUGGAGAACUGGUAAGAUGUGGGAGGACGAGCCGAAGUGUAUAAAAGAUCACAACCGCCGGUUGCUGGCAGAGAAAUUCGAGCUGAAGAGAAACCUGUACAAGGCUUUUAUCAGAGACCCUGAACUUCCGAGCGAACUGCGCGAGAAACUCACCGCAAAGCUCUCCAAGUUGCCAAGAAACAGCUCCUUCACUCGAAUCAGGAAUCGAUGUGUCUUCUCUGGUCGCCCCCGUGGUGUUUACGAGUUCUUUAGAAUGUCUCGUAUUGUCUUCCGCACACUGGCAAAUCAAGGGAUGUUGAAUGGUGUGAAAAAGGCUUCUUGGUGAUCGAGGAGCUCAAUCGCAGUACAGUUCACUUCACUCUCCACCAGCUUGGGUGACACAUUGGUAAAAGGAUUCUACAGUUUUGUAGGAAUAAAUUCAGUUGGCUGACUUUCUGUAAUGCUGAAAUUGAUUAUUUUGAUGACUAGCCUUUCUCCUUAACUAUUUAUCAGCGCAGAUGUGAUAGUACUUGAGAAUGAUUCAUGAUCGAUUGGUGGAAGGAGCCAUGCUGGUGUUCAAUAAUUCACUAACAUGUUCAGAAAAUCAAUGUUAAGAAAAUGAGUUAUGUCAGGUUUCUAUCCAAC